AUGAAGUCCUCCAUGGUGGCCGUGUCUUCGUCGCUAGAGCUGACGAAGAAGUCGUUUCUUGCGGACAUCCUCCGUAAGGCUGCGGAGCGGCUUGGCCACAAGCAGCUGUGGCGUAUUGCAAACCAGCUAGAGCGUCUGUCAUCGCCUGUCUCGGCAGACGCGGUGCGCGAUGCGUUGCGGGACAUUUCUAUUUUCCUCUCCGAUGAGGAUUACGCGCACAUGUGCGAGGCCUACGCCACCGGCGCUGCUCACGGACAGCAGGGCGCUAGGAUGAUCGACACGCCUGCUCUCAUUCAUAGUCUGAGCACAGCUCCUCUGAUCCCGCGCCGGAAGUACGCGGUUGACCUCGUUAUCCGCAAGCUGGAUCCCAGCGGCACCGGUACUGUCUCCUACAGCAGUCUAAGCGAGCACUACGACGUGCUGCGGCACCCAGAGGUACGCAACGGUGCGCGCUCCGAGAGCGAUGUAGUGGAUGCCUUCUUUGACAACUUCGCGAUCGACGGCUCACCCAUGGAGCAGCUGACGGUGGCAGAGAUGCGGAUGUACUGCAUCGGCGUUUCGAUGCUGAUCAAGGAGGACACUGACUUCGAACUGUGGUGCACACGGGCAUUUUGCCUCGAUCGACCGAAGCUGGAGCAGGGCAAGGGAGUGUCGGAAGUGACCGGCUCCCACACCUACUCUCGUCAAAGCCGUCUACUCGGCGAGGAGCGCCAGCAUCCCCUCUACACGACAACGAACGGGGAGUAUGGCAAGGAGUCGACGUCGGCGGACUACAGCCUGCCAAAAUAUGGCCUUCCUCAGCAGUUCACGCGCAACUUGAAGGGGUGCACCGGGGGGGCGACGUCAAUGAAUAUGUAG